CAUUUAAAUCCAUUUAGUUCUCUUCUUUUUUUUUAUUCAUUAUUUUAAGCAAAACAAAAUUUAAAAAAAUGAAUUUUGUAUCUUAUAAUGAUAAUUGUACUAUAUACAUUGCAUAUAAUCAAAGUGAAUUAGUUUAUACACCACCAAUUUAUAUAUUUUUAGUUGUUCUAAGUCCUAUCGCAUUAAUUAUUAGUUGUUUAUCAUUAACUGUAUUAACACGACCACAAGCAAUACGUUUAGGUUCAAUGCGUAUUAAUUUAAUUACAUUAACAAUAUUUGAAGUAUUAUUAAAUUCUAUGAUAUUUUUAAUAUCAUUAUUUUAUACAACAAAUUUUCCAAAUGAUGAACAAAAUUUAUAUAAAACAAUUGUACAUAUUACAUGUUUUAUAUUAAUUGGUGGUGCAUUAUGUUCAAGAAAUUGGACUAUUACAUUAAUUUCAUUAGCACGUUGUGUAGCUAUAACAAAACCAAUGAUAUCACGUAAAACAUAUUCACAUUUAUUUCAACCAAAAUGGAUGGCUAUAUUUACUAUUAGUUGUAUUUUAACAGGAUUUAUAUUAAGUGCAUUAAGAUUAUUUGAAAUGCAUAUUGAUAUUUGUUUAAAUCAAAAUAAUAAAAUUAUAUUAAUACCAAGUUCAGAAUGGCGUAUUGUAAAAGAUUUAUUUUUUACAUUUCAAUCAGCUAUACCAAUAUUGAUUGUAGUAUUGACAACGGUAAUAAUGUUGAUUGCAUUAUUUCGUCAUAAAUUACCAAAUUUAAAUCAUCAUCAUGUAUCAGAUAGAAUGACAAGACGUUUGGAAACAAAUAAUAAUAAUAAGACUGAGCACAAUAGUAUUAUUAAUACUAAUAAUACUGCGAAUAAUAAUAAUAUUGUAAGUAUUAAUCGUAGUUAUUCAUGUGCAACAAAACAUGAUUAUACACAUACAAGACAGCAACAAAUUUUAUUAGAAUAUAAAUUAAAUGAACGCCGAUUACAUAAUCAGGCUAGAGCUACACGUAUGAUUACAUUAUUAACAGUUAUCUUUAUAUUAUUUGAAGCACCAGUAUUUUUUUGUGUAACAUUUGAAUAUAAAUUUGAUCGUGUACAAUUUGAUUUAGUAACAAAUGCAUUAAAAAGUUUAGUUGUUUUAGAUUCAUGUGCUAAUGUGAUUAUUUAUUUAAUAAUGAGUAGACGUUUUCGUCAAGAAUCUGUAAGAUUAUGGAGAUAUGCAAGAAGACAAACAAGACAAGUGUUAACUAAUCAAUCAGAGGUGAUAUUUUAAAUUUUUAAAAAAAACAAACAACAAUCAUGAUUCUAUAUUUUGUUUCUUGACUAUCAAUUAAAUUAGGAAUUCAAUAAAGAUAAUUGUAAAUAUAUACAUAUAUAUGUAUUGUACAAUAGAAAUCAGUCAAACAUUCAAAUGAUGAUGAUGAUGUUGAUAUAAAAUAUACUUACAUUCAUAUACCUUUUUGUUUAUUGUUGCUGAUUAAUAAACAAUGGAAUAAUAUGAAUGGAAUUAUACAUUUUAUUUUGGUAUAUCAUUAAAUGUAACUUUCAAUGAUUAGAGAAUAUAAUAAAGCAAGUGAGCAACUUACAGUGAAUAGAUAACUUUUUUUAAAGAAAGGCUUGAAAUAUGUAACAAAUAUAAUGAUUUUGCCACGGCCUUUGAAUGACGAUGACAACAGUGUUAUAACGUCCCUUUGGGCCUUCCCACACUACGUUGGAACUUCGGCCUGGAUCAUUAUUAAAUAAUACUAUUGGAUUCAAUCUUUCUCAUUACGCUGUUGGUGUCACCACGUGCAGAGGAAUCUUCAUAAAUCAAGUGAACUCAUUUGUGGUUGUUAUCUCAGAGAUCAGCUUACAAUUAUACAGCUAUGAACGAACUGGGCAAACAUCAAACAAAAUUAAUUCAAUAAAUCCAGUAAACAAUGUUGUAAAGCCAUUUUAAUGUAUCAUUGACAAUAACGAAGAAUUGAAUAGUUCACAUACUAAUCAUUCGAUUUUGCUGAACC